CCCCGUCGCGCUGCGGAGGAAGUCUCGCGAGAUUUGGAGCGCGGUGUCGCUCUAUAGUGACAAUGGCCGUGCUUGCGUUGCCAUAGCAACAAGGGCUAAGAGGUCCGGGCCUGGUGCGAGGCAUGGCUGGGGUGUUGCUCUGCGAGCCCACCGAGCUCUAUAACGUCCUCAACCAGCACCGCCGCUUCCCCAGGCUGGCCGAGCCCAACUACCUCAGUCUGCUGGAUGCCCGUACUCUUCGUGAGUACAACGAGAGCCACAUUAUUAUGGCACGCAGGAUUGAACAGAGUCCUACAGGGGAGUACGUGGUGCCAGAUUCAGAGGAACUGGCGUGUGUCAGAUACUGCGUGGUGUAUGACUGCGAGACCAGCUCUUUGGACUUCUGUGACUAUGAGGAAGAGGAAAAAGAGAAAGGUACACAUGGGAGUGAUGGUUCUUCAGAGACUGAACAUGCUGAGUCAAGUUCCUCAUGUUCACAGAAUACUGAGGAAGGAACUGCUGCCCGACAUGCCAGAAGCUUACAGCAGUUCACCCGCCAUCCGGUGCUUGUCCUGAGGGGAGGAUACAGACGUUUUUCAGCUUGCUAUCAUUUUCUGAGGACUCAGAAGAUAUUGUGGAUGCCUCAGGAACUCGACAGCUUCCAGCCAUACCCUGUAGAAAUACUGCCUGGAAAGUUAUACAUGGGCAAUUUCAAGCAGGCCUGUGACCAACAAAUUCAGAAAGAUUUGAAAAUCAAAGCCCAAGUCAACAUUUCUGAACAGCCUGCACCACUGUUGGCAGAAGAAGGCAAAUACCUCCAUAUAUCUGUUCCAGAUUCACUUGAAGCAGAUCUUUUUUCUUCCUUUUCUGCCAUUUCUCAUUUCAUUGCAGUAUUUCAGAAGUCAGUCUCUUUCUUACACACCCAGCUGGAUCUCGGAGCAGUGCUGGUGUUCUCUAGCCUGGGGAUAAGCCGGAGCAGCACAGUUACCAUGGCCUAUCUUAUGCAUUCCUUCCAGUUUUCCCUGAAGAAAGCUUGGGACCACGUUCUGAAAUGCAAAACAAACAUGAGACCGCACCGGGGCUUCGUGAAACAGCUUUCAGACUGGGAGACCCAGCUCUACGGGACCACGGUCACCGACGUCUCCGAACCCAAUUACUGAGCACAGAGAAUGGCAGCAGGGAAGGAUGCUGCUUUGUGUGCCCCACGGCCUCACCUGGAGGUAGGGUGUGAACUGAAGUCUGCUGACCAAGCUCCUAACGCAACGGAGUUGUUUUGAUCUUUAGCUUUAAUAAAUGGAGUCCAUUUUU